UUUUUGUUUUUAAAUGUAUUUAGCCUUCAUCAGUUCGUUUGUAAACAUACGGAUACCGAUACUCGAACUCGAAGCUGCAAGCAUUCAAAGAGUCAUACAGUGUCAUAAUUACUUGCUACAAAUGAAGUUCUGAUCGCCAAAAUAAUUAUGCUGCAUUCGAUAUAAUCAGGAUGAAUAUCUAAAUUGUUUUUACUGCUUCGCAUUUGUUCGUUUUAUUAUUUGACGAUGUUAGCCGAUAAUAUCGAAGAGUUUUCUGCGUAUUGGACCAGUCCCAAAAUAGUGCUGAAAUGUGUUGGACCCAAAUUGGUACCUUUCUUUAAAACAGUUGCCAUCUAUUUCGUCCUGGUAACACCAUCUCCUGGCUGGUUCACCUGUCUGAUAAAGUCUUUGCCGCUUCUCUGCCUCUGCGGAUUUGUAUUGUAUCAUGGAAUGAGUCUCGGUGAAAAGCACGCCUAUGCUCGUCGGAUAUUAUUAGGCCUCUUGUUCUCCUGUAUGGGGGAUAUUUUAUUGAUCUGGGAUUGCUGCUUUACGUGGGGAAUGCUGUCUUUUGCAGUCGCUCAUAUACUUUAUAUUUCUGCUUUUGGAAUGAAACCGCUUAAUCCGUAUGCUGGGACUGUCUGUGCUGUAGCUGGUGCAUUGGGAACAUAUUUACUCAUGGAUGGACUAUACGGUCCAUUUAUUGUUUUAGUUCCAGUCUAUGUAUCCUUCCUCAUGUUCAUGGUAUGGAGAGCUGUUGCAAGGGUUCAGUUGUUUGAAGAUUUAUGGACCUGGACCAAAUUAUGUUCCUGUGGAGGUGGUAUAUUAUUUGCCAUUUCAGAUUUUGUUCUGGGAUACAACAUGUUUUGCUCAUCCAUACCUUAUGCUCCUAUGAUCAUUAUGGUCACAUACUAUGCUGCCCAACUCGGAAUAGCCCUGUCGGUCGUCGACAGUGCUUCGAUAGCUAUUAUUAGUGCAGCACACAGCACCGACAGUAAUCAAUGUUGCCAAAACUUGGAUGGUAAUUCUCAGCCAAAGAAAUGCCGCACCGUGUUGUCCAAACUCGAGAAUUUCGGUACUCGACCGACGUUGCUACUGAAAGAGUGAAAAUUGAAUGUUAACAACCAAUUAUCUUUAAUGUUAAUAGCUAUUAAAUAGCCGUGUGAUAGAUAUUUAUCCUCACAUUAGUUUGUUUUAGAUUGUUGAUAUUAUAUUUGGGGAAAUGUCGGACGUCACUACAUGUUGUUAGAUUUUAAGUUAUUUAUAAUAUUUGGUGAAAAAGGCGCAUGAUCAUUUGGUUCAGAUGACUUGUGAAUUAAUCUCACCACCCAAUUUGGUUUUAGUUUAUGUUACCAUCAAUGCAUGAAAUGCUGUAAUUCUAUAAAAAGCCUUGUCAUUGUAAAAAAUGCCUGGCAUUGUUUUUAUGAAAAGUGUAAAUUAUGAAUAUAAUUAUAUACUUUGUCUAGUCAUUGUAUAGAAUGCCGAGGCGCUCAGUAGAAUGAUAAAUGCUCCUUAGGCAAAGUAUAAGAAGUAAUAUUUACAUUGCCUAGUCACUGAAUAAUAUGCCUGUAAGUUAUUCAUUAGUCAUUCUAUAGAAUGUCUAUGCAAUGUGUUUCAUUCUUUGCCAGUUUCUUAAUAAUCAUUAUAUAUAAUGACCAGGUGUCUUAUGGAAUGCCAGAUUUCACACAUUGAUGAUAACAUAAAUAAUUUGGUUUCAUUUUAUAUUUAUGAUAUAUAACUUGGUUUUAAUUGAUAUUUGCAUUAAAUAAUUUAAUCAAUGUUUGUAUCAUGAAACCUUGGUUUUGAUUGGUCUAUGUUAAAUAAUCUUUUUGUAAAGCAUUUUUCUGCAUUUUCCUUAAAUACAUAUCUUCAGAUUAUUAUCAUAUCUUCAUGUUUAAAAGAAAUCUAAAUGUUUAGAUACUUUGAUUAUUAAUAAUUAGAUUGUUGUUAAAUGUGAAAUAUUGAAUCUCAUGUGAUUAUUUUAUUAAAAAAAAAAACUUUUUGUCUGUAUAUCUUAGAAAGUUAUAUUUAUUACACACAUUUUUCAUUCCUACAUACUAUCGAUAGAAAUUUUUUGUGAUUAAAAUUUGAUAGUUUCCAGUAUAAAAUUUUUUAAAGUAUUAUUGUUUUGAGUAACAAAAUGUGUAUAUAAGUGUUAUUUAAUCAUCUGUGGGUGGUAAGUAGUUAUUUAUUUUUAAUCAUUAUAUUUUCAGUUAUGUAUAUAUUUGCACAUAUCAAAAUAUCACAGGUUUUUUUUCCUCAUUGUCAGAAAAUUGAGUAAA